AUGAGAAUGCCGAUUAGGAAAACAGGAUCAGAGUCGAGAAGUCAGAUCGGGCUGGUGUGGGGAGAAAAGUUUGGGCAGAGUCGCUACAAGCGCCAAUUGUCUAAUCGCGUUUAUUCUCUGUCUAUUGUCUUUCCCGAUGUAGAACCCCGGCUACGCUGGCAGACAAGAGUUGCCGGAGAACCUAAAGAUGAAUUUCCGCUCAGUCGCCAUGAUGGUGCCCGAUAG